GUGAUUUUCCUUCAUGGACUGGGCGAUACGGGAGUCCUAUAGAAAUAUAUGAAGGAAUGCACAUUGCUGCUCAGAAAUCAGGAGAGGCCACCUUUAUCUUUGUUCAGGCACGGAUGGGCAGAAGCCUUUGCAGGUAUCAGAAGUUCACAUAUCAAAUAUAUCUGCCCUCAUGCGCCUGUAAUGCCUGUUACGUUAAAUAUGAACAUGGCUAUGCCUUCUUGGUUUGACAUUAUUGGGCUUUCCCCAGAUGCACAGGAGGAUGAGCCUGGAAUUAAACAGGCAGCAGAGAAUGUAAAAGCUCUGAUAGAUCAAGAAGUGAAGAAUGGGAUUCCUUCUAACAGAAUUAUUUUGGGAGGAUUUUCUCAGGGCGGAGCUCUGUCGCUGUACACGGCGCUCACCACGCAGCAGAAGCUGGCAGGCGUCACCGCGCUCAGUUGCUGGCUUCCCCUUCGGGCCUCGUUUCCACAGGGUCCUAUCAGUGGCGUUAAUAGAGAUAUUUCUAUUCUCCAGUGCCAUGGGGAUUGUGACCCUUUAGUUCCCUUAAUGUUUGGUUCUCUUACUGUUGAAAAACUUAAAACAUUGGUAAAUCCCGCCAAUGUAACCUUUAAAACCUACGAGGGCAUGAUGCACAGCUCAUGUCAGCAGGAAAUGAUGGAUGUCAAGCAGUUUAUUGAUAAACUUCUACCUCCAAUCGAUUGACGUCACUGAGAGGCCUUGUGUAGACGUACACCAGCAUCAUUGUAGUAGAGUGUAAAUCUUUCCCAUGCUCGAUUUGAAAAUUCUGAUGUUUGCAGUGUUAAAGUGUUUUGCAAAUACACGCCAGUGGCACAGACUAAAUAAUGUCUCAUGGGAAGUUUAUGAUAUUUUAAGUAUCUAUACUUGUAUUUGAAUAAUAUUGAUCCAGAAUACACUAGUAUUAAAAUAAGUGAAGCUGCUACUAGCUUCUUUUUUCUCAAAUGUAAUUUAGCAAAAUAACAAAAUACUGCAAUCGGAUUUUUUAUUACAUCAUUUGAAAAUUACUAGUGUGCUUACUGGGAGAUUUGUCCAGGUGUAUGUGAGCAGGUAAGAUGUAAGCAAUUCGUGCACGCUGUGACUUAGUGUGUGGGUGUAUGCCACAAUCGCUCGGUCACCGUGCGGUGUCUGUAUUUUUAUAUAUAUCCAUAUCUACAUACUGGCUAUAAUACACAAUAAGAACAAGAUGUCAUUACAUUAUUCCUGACAAUAGGGAUAAUGCUUUUAAGUGUCCAUAAAGAAUAUCUUGCUCUCUUCAGUUAAUGGCCCUUUUAUUUCAGGGACCAGUCUUUUCUUUUCCCUGGUAUCUUCCAUUUAGUAUUCUUUCCUCGUUUGAAGGAAAAAAAAAAAAAAGAGUUCUCUAUUUUCUUUAUAGCAGACCAAACAUUGCCUAUCUGCCAUAGACAUCUACUGUCAGUGCACGCUGUAACGGAUCUUCUGAAUCACAGACGUACAGUAUCUUAAAUUCCUCUAGAUCUUAAAAAGAAACCAGGAGCUACCUAAAACUUCUGUGCUGCUCACUUUCAGUAAUUGUAACUUAGUCCAAAUUUAGACUUCUUUAGUUAUUAGACUCUUCAAUCCAAGAAACAGGAAUAAUUCUGUGGUU